CUACCGCGCGAGGAGGUGUACUCCUGGAAGUGGCGAAGUGAUGUGAGGGUGGAACUUAACUGGGAUUACCUCCAAACACGAUGACGUUAAUGGAGAAGGGGACGUUGAUACGAAACACACAUAUUUACAUUCGACUGCUGAGAGUGAUCGAAAUAUAAAGCUCGAUGAAUCAACAAACUGGCUCAUAACCCAAUCAUAACGAUGAUCCGGACAAUUUUUAUACUAGAGUCCACAAAAUGAUAAUCGAAAAGGAGAACCUCCUACUAUAUCUCAAGCUGUUUCUAGUUCGUUAUAGCUGUUUCAGAUUUACGAUUUGAAAAUUGUUUAUCUAGUAAUUGUUCAAGUUUUCUAUACUAUUUAAACAUUUUUGUCUAUUAUAAAUGAGCUUUUAACCCUAAGCCCCUUGACCACCGGAGCCUGUAAUAUGAAAUGAGAGGUUAGACGGGAUGGGAAGACGAUGUCACGUGACCACACACUCGCACGCACAUGCACACACUGUGUCUGCUAAAAGACUUUGUCUGCUGUUCUGCAACAACGCUGUCUUGCUAUUGUACGUGCUGAGCCUAGGAGAGCCCAAGACUUUGACAAGAGUUGUACAGACCAAGUACGGAAAACUACAGGGAUUCCUCAGACCAUUGCCUUCACCACUCAAACCUAUUGAGGUGUUCCUGGGAGUCCCGUACGCUACGCCACCUGUUGGAGUAAACAGAUUUAGCCCUACAAGAACGCCGGGACCGUGGUCUGGAGUGCGGUUAGCGGACAACUUCAGCCCGGUCUGUCCGCAACACCUUCCUCGACUUGACAACGAGACGUUAGAGAACAUGCCGCGUCAGAGACUGGAGAUGAUACGGCGACUGUUCCCGUUGCUGAAGAACUACAGUGAAGACUGUUUAUACCUCAAUGUCUACGCACCAAUGCAAGAAGGGAGUGUACAAGCCAGGCUGCCCGUGUUGGUGUUUAUACACGGAGGAUCUUACUUAUGGAACAGUGGGAAUAUAUAUGAUGCUGGUGUGUUAGCUAGCUACAGCCAAGUGGUGGUGGUCACCAUCAACUACAGGCUCGGAGUGUUAGGUUUUCUCAACGCCAACAUGGCGCCCUACUCGUCAGCCAGAGUUGCCAACUACGGACUGAUGGACCAGGUGGCAGCCCUGCACUGGGUACAGCAGAACAUAGCAGCUUUUGGUGGGGAUCCUGACAAUGUAACUCUGCUGGGACACGGGACUGGAGCUGCUUGUAUACAAUUCCUUAUUAUGUCACCAACCGUGAUGCCAGGUUUAUUCCAUCGCGCCGUGCUUCUCUCAGGGUCCGCCCUCAGCAGCUGGUCCCUAGUAGAAGACCCUGUCUACUGGGCCGUGCGUCUCGCCAGACAACUAGACUGUCCUGUGCCAGACGAUCUCCUAGCAGACCACGAGACCAUUGUAGACUGUCUGAGAGAAGUGCCUCUGGCCAAACUGAUGAAAGCAGACAUCCAAUCUCCAGCACACCUCUCCUCCUUCGGCCCCAGCGUGGACGGCGUCGUCAUCAAACACAACUUCCGCAAAGAGAUGCUGACUGUUAGUGGGUACAACCCAUCCAGUGACUCUCCCUUCAACAGUUACGACCUACUACUAGGGGUCGUGUCCAACGAGGUGCUUUCUAGGUUCUCCCUUAAAGAUCUUAGAGCCGGAUUCGACGUUCAGCGGAGGGAUAAAAUAUUAAGGACUUAUAUCCGAAACGCGUAUAAUUAUCAUUUAUCGGAGAUCUAUUACUCGGUUGUGAAUGAAUACACAGACUGGGAUAGAAGUGUGGACCCGCUAGCGGUGUUGGGAGCUACUGUAUCUGCGCUGGGGGAUGCGCUGUACAACGCUCCCUUAGUACAGACUGGGGAUAUGCUUAGCACACCGCCGCUACCCAGUGGACAGCUGUCACCGACGAGGGCGCGCACGUUCUUCUUUGUGUUCGACUACCAGACCAAAGAUGAGGACAAUUCGCAGGUAAACAUCAGUGGUGCCAUGCAUGGUGAGGAGUUGCCCUAUAUAUUUGGUGCUCCUCUGAUCAAUUCGCUCAAGCCUUUCCGAGGUAACUUCUCCAGCUACCAGGUCGCACUCUCGGAGUCUUUGAUGCUCUUCUUCGGCAACUUCGUCCGAUCAGGAGAUCCAAAUGAGUACGAGGACAACAACGCGUUUCUUGCUGUGUCUAAAGAACGCAACAGAUAUCGAGCCUUAGUGUGGGAAGAAUAUGACAUCGCUCACCAGAAGUACCUUGAAAUAGGACUCCGGACUAGAGUCAAGAGCCACUACAGAGCACACCAGUUGUCACUAUGGCUACGUCUCAUCCCUGAGCUUCACAGAGCUGGUGCUCAGAGUUCCAACCCAAACCACAACCAGCUGCAGCAUCACGAAGAUGCUCAGCUGUACGAGGGCAUCGUCAGACCCGACCAGCUGUUUACUCCUGUCUCCAUCACGACGACCACACUCGAAGACCUUCCUCAAACCACAGAGGCCACAUCUACUUGUGUCAGUGUCGAGACACCCGUCCAGCCGCCCAACACUUCAGAACCUCUCAACGUGGAGUUCGGUUACGAAGCUUACUCCACAGCGCUCACUGUCACCAUUGCCAUCGGAUGUUCUCUCCUCGUCCUUAACAUUCUCAUAUUCGCGAAAGUCUACCAUAAAAAGGACACAAAGAAGCCGUUGGAAGAGAAUAAGUUGUCGUCAGCUAGUGUUAUUGUGGAUAUGGAGAGGGACUCGGUGUUCUCGAGUGGGUCUUUGGAGAAGACUCCUUCCCAACACUCCCUACACAAGUGUCACCACACAGUGCUUCCUCAUAUGAACAGUUUGCCCCUCAACCCUCCCAAUGGGAGUGUACAUAGAUACCUCCCCCCGGCCGAGAGCACUCCCCUCCUCCCGUUACCACUAGCGCAGUCUACAGGGUCAUUCAAAGUUCCUUCGGCAGCCAUCAAUGAAAUGAGAGUAUGAUGUUGGACGAACGCUCACGGAUAUUUUAAUAAUUAUAUUUUGUGGAAUA